AUGACCACCUUAUCCAAGCAGACAAAAGCCCAGUUGGCUGAAAUAGCUGCUAACCUAGGGAUUGAUGUUUCGGGAUGCAGAAUCAAAAGAGAUUUUUAUGCGACAAUUAAAGAUUACUUCCAAGAACAUUAUGAUGAGUUUAAGCCAGGUUCCCCAUAUUAUGAUUUAGCACAUAGUUCAAGACUAGCUGCAGCGGGAUCGCCUAAAAAAGCUGUUGUGGUUACCGAAGAAGUUUCAAGUGAAGGUGAAACCGAGCAAGAGAAUACUGAGGAAGCAAAAGAGUAUGACAAUGAGGAUGACGAAACCGAGGAAGAGGACCUUAAAAAGGUCCAAGAGUCUGAAGAAUUAGGAGAAUCCGAAGAAAGUGACAAUGCAGAAGACACACCCAAAACCAAGGAUAAUUGUGCUUUGUGUACUUGUUCGCCAUUGAAAUCAUUUGUCGAAUGUGAAAAGAUCGCACAGUUACAUGCUUUCGUUUUGGAAAAGAAUGAGGAGGCCAGAGAAUAUCUCAGUGAUCCAUACUCGAUAAAUGAUCUCAUAUUUAUUUUCGAAUCUUUCGUUUUAUUGUGGAACGAGCUUCAGUUCACUCAGAUUCAAUCCGCAGUUUGGAUUCCCGCAACUAUUAAAGCUCAAUUGCCAUCACCGAUUCUUGACUGGUCCAUACUUGAUUUCUCAUCAAUUUCCACUACUACUUUUGCUUCUACCUUACUCUGGGUCGUUUCUUUUCUCUUUGUUCCAAAAGUUUUUUCGUACUACGUUAACUUCACUUAUGAUUUUGAGUACGAUUCGUUUACCUUUGCUUUAGCAAAGUUAUUUGUUGGCUUGAUAGUGUUUAAGACUCAAAUUAAUACCACUGAAAUCCAGAGAGAUUUAGAUUUUGAAUUUACGAAUACGCAAUGCUCUGUGGAGUUUCUUUAUCAGUAUACUCGUCAUGCUAUUUUGACAAGUGUGAUUUUCUUAAGGAACACCUUUGGAAAUUGGGUUUUGAUUGAUGCUAUCUUCUGCACAUUGAUUUCACUCUAUGCUAAUCUAGCAUUCGUGUAA